UGACCUGAUGACCCAAGGCAUCUUAGCUUUAGUGACAUCCACUGGAUGUGCCUCUGCGAAUGCUCUCCAGUCCCUAACAGACGCCAUGCAUAUACCUCAUUUGUUUGUGCAGCGCAAUAUUGGAGGAUCCCCACGUACUGCUUGUCAACUGAAUGCUGCUCCUGAUGGUGAUGAAUAUACUCUCGCUGUCAGACCACCAGUUCGACUUAAUGACGUAAUGUUAAAGCUUGUCACCGAACUCCGUUGGCAGAAGUUUAUAGUCUUCUAUGACAGUAACUUUGAUAUUCGAGGACUACAGGGAUUUUUAGAUCAAGCAUCAAGGUUGGGACUGGAUGUAUCUCUGCAAAGAGUGGAUAGAAAUAUUAGCAGAGUAUUUUCAACCCUCUUUAGCAGUAUGAAAACAGAAGAGCUGAAUCGAUACAGGGACACAUUACGUAGAGCUAUCCUGCUUCUUAGUCCAAGGGGUGCUCAUAAUUUUAUCACUGAGGCUGUUGAAACCAAUCUUGCUUCAAAGGAUAGUCACUGGGUCUACGUAAAUGAGGAAGUUAGUGACACAGAAAUACUAGAGAUGGUGCACAGUGCAUUGGGAAGAAUGACUGUAAUCCGGCAGAUUUUUCCUGUGUCGAAGGACACGUAUCAGAGAUGCAUGAGAAACAGCCAUCGUAUCUCAUCUGUGCUCUGUGAUCCACAAGAGGGUUUCUUGCAAACAUUGCAGGUAUCGAACCUCUACUUAUAUGACAGUGUCUUGAUGCUGGCCAGUGCAUUUCACAGAAAGUUGGAGGACAGGAAAUGGCACAGCAUGGCUAGUUUGAAUUGUAUGAGGAAAUCUACUAAACCCUGGAAUGGUGGCAGAUCUAUGUUAGAAACUAUUCGAAAGGGACGUAUAACUGGAUUAACUGGCAUAAUGGAAUUCAAUGAAGACUCUGCCAAUCCCCAUGUCCAGUUUGAAAUACUCAGCACCAGUUACAGUGAAACAUUUGGCAAAGAUGUGCGAAGGUUAGCGACAUGGGAUACUAGUAGAGGACUGAAUGGGAGUCUGCAGGAAAGACGCUUGGGAAGCGAUAUGCAUGGAGUCACACUCAAAGUCGUAACUGUCCUGGAGGAACCUUUUGUUAUGGUGGCUGAAAACAUCCUUGGGCAGCCAAAGAGAUAUAAAGGAUUUUCAGUUGAUGUGCUGGAUGCAUUAGCCAAGAAUUUGGGCUUCAAGUAUGAGGUAUAUCAGUCUCCAGACAGCAAAUAUGGACAUAAACUUCCAAAUGGCUCUUGGAAUGGAAUGAUUGGAGAAUUAAUCAGCAAGAAAGCAGAUAUAGCUGUCUCAGCAAUUACUAUAACACCAGAACGAGAAACUGUUGUGGAUUUCAGCAAGCGUUAUAUGGAUUACUCUGUUGGAAUUCUGAUAAAGAAACCAGAAGAGAAAAUGAACAUUUUUUCUUUGUUUGCCCCUUUUGACUUUGCUGUAUGGGCUUGUAUUGCCGCUGCUAUUCCUGUGGUUGCUGUUUUAAUUUUUGUCCUGAAUCGCAUUCAGACAGUUGGAACACAACACGUUACACAGUCGAGUCCUUCACCAUCCUCUUCCCUACACACUGCUGUAUGGAUUGUAUAUGGAGCCUUUGUCCAGCAAGGUGGAGAAUCGGCCAUGAACUCUGUGGCAAUGCGAAUUGUUAUGGGUAGCUGGUGGCUAUUCACCCUUAUCGUAUGCUCAUCUUAUACUGCAAAUCUUGCAGCAUUUCUCACAGUAUCACGCAUGGAUAAUCCAAUAAGAACAUUCCAAGAAUUAGGAAGACAAAUUGAAAUAUCUUAUGGUACAGUGAGAGAUUCUUCAGUAUAUAACUAUUUCAAAGCUAAAGGUACCAAUCCAUUGGAGCAAGAUAGCAUAUAUGCUGAGCUCUGGAGAACAAUCAGUAAAAACAAUGGGAUGGACAAUUGUGUGUCUUCACCUUCUGAGGGCAUAAAAAAGGCAAAGAAAGGAAAUUAUGCCUUCCUGUGGGACUUAGCAGUGGUAGAAUAUACAGCCUUAACAGACGAUGAAUGCUCAGUGACUGUCGUUGGGAACAGUAUCAGCAGUAAAGGAUAUGGAAUAGCUUUGCAGCAUGGAAGUCCUUACAGGGAUCUCUUCUCUCAAAGGAUUCUAGAGUUGCAAGAAAGUGGAGACCUUGAUGUCCUCAAGCAGAAAUGGUGGCCAAGGAUGGGUCGUUGUGAUCUUGACAGUCACGCAAAUGCUCAGCCAGAUGGGAGAGCAUUAAAACUUCACAGCUUCACUGGAGUGUUCUGCAUUCUAGCAGCAGGUCUUCUGCUUGCUUGUCUGGUGGCAGCAAUGGAAAUCUGGUGGAAUAGUAACAGAUGUCAACAAGAAGCACCUAAAGAGGACAAAGAAGUAAACCUGGAGCAAGUUCACAGACGUAUGAAUAGCCUAAUUGAUGAGGAUAUUGCCCACAAGCAAAUCUCUCCAGCAUCCAUUGAAAUCUCUGCUUUGGAGAUUGGCGGGAUACCACCUAGUCAGACCUUGGAGCCUAUUCGUGAAUAUCAGAACACUCAGCUUUCAGUCAGCACAUUUUUGCCUGAACAGGACGACAAGCGAUUGAUUGACACCACAGGGCUUUGGAAAGGGCGGGCAUGGCAUGCCUCUGAGAAAACAUCUACUACAGUUCAGGAUAACAGCUCAAUCAAGUACAGCAAUGAUGAAGAUUGGCCAGGACAUGAUGAACAGUGUGAGAUGUGGACAGGAUCAAAGCUCCAGCAACCAAAAGGACUACCGACUGGUGGUGCAGCCAUCACCGCUGUAUGAAAAAGCUGCCAUUAUUUUGUGUUCCAUGGCUCUGGCUCAUUGUGUGCAUCGGUCCAGUCUAUCAUUAACACCACGGGCUGCAUUGGUUUUUCCAAGAUGCCAGGAUGGCAAUGUUCUGGCAUAAUGUCCCAGCAACUGUGGCAAAUAUCCAUGGGUCUGAAUUGCUGCCUAGUAUUUCAGAGUAGAAUAAAUUUAUAUAUUUCUACAUAA